CUCUGGGCGGGCGAGGUCGCACCUGGUCGGCACCUGGCACUCGCUGGGCGACAGACGCGGGCUGCGCACAACUGGCCGCCAGUUCCUUUCCUCCCGCCCUUCACCCACCGCCAUGGAUGGGCCCGGAGCCCCGGUGAUGUGGGACAAGUUGGCGCAUGUCUCGGAGAUGAGCACGGAUUUCCCGGGCGAAUACUUCAGGUACAAGGGCGUCCUCUUCCCCGUCGGCCUCUACUCACCCGAGAGCGUCAGCCUGGUCGAGAACACCCAGGAUGUGCUGGACGACGACAUCUUCAUCGUCACCUACCCCAAGUCAGUUUCUCCCAACAGGCACCUCCUGGAUGAUUGAGAUCCUCAGCCUAAUCCUGAAGGACGGGGAUCCCUCCUGGAUCCACUCGGUGCCCAUCUGGGAGCGCUCGCCCUGGUGCGAGACAGUCGUAGGCGCCUUCACCCUCCCGGACCAGCCCAGGCCGCGCCUCCUGAGCUCCCACCUCCCCGUGCACAUCUUCCCCAAGGCCGCUUUCGACACCAAGGCCAAGGUCAUCUACGUGGGCCGGAAUCCCCGCGACAUCCUGGUGUCCUUCUACCAUUACUCCAAGAUUGCCCGGCAGCUGAAGGACCCCGGCACGCCUGACCAGUUCCUGCAAGACUUCCUCAAAGGCGAAGUGCAGUUUGGCUCCUGGUUCGACCACAUUAAGGGCUGGAUCCGGAUGCAGGGCAAAGAGAACUUCCUGUUCCUCACCUACGAGGAACUCCAGCAGGACCUCCACGGCUCCGUGCAGCGCAUCUGCGAGUUCCUGGGCCGGCCGCUGGCCGAGGAGGCGCUGGGCUCCGUGGUGGCCCACUCGACCUUCGGCGCCAUGAAGGCCAACACCAUGUCCAACUACACGCUGCUGCCCCCCACCCUGCUGGACCACCGCCUCGGGGCCUUCCUGCGCAAAGGGAUCAGUGGCGACUGGAAGAACCACUUCACAGUGGCACAGAGCGAGGCCUUCGACCGUGUCUACCGAGAGCAGAUGCGGGGGAUGCCGGCCUUCCCUUGGGACAAGGACCUGGGGGACAACGGCCUGGACCCUGAGCCUGAGCCCGAGACCACCCCUGGCUCCAGCAAGGACUCCCAAUCCCCCCACCAGUGACCCUGAAAAUAAAUGCUUAGCUGCC